AAAUUUAGGUCUACUAUAGCAUUAUAUCAUCGAUUAUUGAGUGUGUUAUCCAUACCAUCAUCACUGGCGGCGGCGGCAGUGAUGAUAAUGGCAUACAAAUGUCAAACAAAAAGGUCUAAUAGUAAUACUAAACAACUAAUGUUAUCGCAUCAUCACUGGUGGCCAACAAUACGAUCGGUACAUACGAUCAAAAAAGAUAAGCAAAACAUUAAUAUUCAGGACAUUAAGCAACGGUCGGACCAAACAGUAGUCAAAGUAGUCGUACCGUCCUAUCAGGACAGCAACAAAUGUAUAUCCUUCGGGUCAGGAUUUCGGGUAAAUGGCGACGAAAUGAUGAUCAUAACCAAUGCACAUGUAGUCCAAGGCAGUCAAUUGGUUGGACUGAUAAUGCAUUUGAAUGGUUGGCUUGAUUUGCUAACCGGUUUGGUCUGUUAUGUUGAACCCCAACGAGAUCUGGCAUUGAUUGAGCUGAAAAAUGUGGACAACGACCGGUUUCACGCCCAGCCGUUUGACAUUAGUCGGCAGCAAACAAAUAAAUCAAAUAUUUUUGCCGAACCAGUAGCCAGUAUUGGUCCGACGGAAACAUUAGGCUGUAAAUCAUGUCAGUCGGGUAUUGUCCAAACCCAUGGUAUUACUGUUGGCCAACAGCGUACGGCCGGUCAGAUUGUUAUUUAUUCAAUCGAUGAUUCAACUCGACUGAUAAGGCAUUCAUCAGAAACAAUAAUAGGCUAUUCGGGUGGUCCGACCCUAACAUCGGAGGCCAAUGUUAUUGGUGUCCAAGUUAUGAAUAGAGUUAGGGAAAGAUUUUCGUUCGGCAUUACUUGCAAUGAUAUAUUUGAUUUUUUAGCUAAUAGUAGACACUAUAGACUCAAUGGAUUCAAUGAUAGACGAUUGCAGCGCACAGUAAGCUAUACAUUGAGACCGGGAUAUAAAUUAGGACUAAUUGUAUCCAAUAAUACUAUUGAUGACAACAAUACUGAUCUGAUAAUUGAUAGUUCAUUACCAGAAUCACUUAAUUAUGAAUAUAUUGGCCAUCAAAUUAUUGAUACAAAUAUCCGACAGAUAGCUAACCAACUCAAUGGUGUGAACCCUAAUAACAAUAUUAUUUCAUUGACUAUGAGAUCUAUGGCGGACACUACCAAACAAUGGCAGUUAAUGUCGAUGACUGCCAUUGAUUAUACUCAACAAAAUUUACCCAUUAUUUUCUAA